AUGGCAGACCCAUUGAGCAUCGCAUCCUCCAUCGUCGGCAUUCUCUCUGCUGCGGGAAAGGUGAUCGAGAUUCUGGGGCCGUACAUAUCGGCGGCCAAAGACACACCCAGGAUCGCCGUGUCGGUCCAUACGGAGGUAGUUAACUCCCGCAUCAUCUUGUCGGCACUGCACAGUCUGCUGGACAACCUCGGCGCCGCGUCCAGAAAUCGAUCUCUAUUGGUCUCGAUCGACGAUCUGAUUGCAGUUUUCACUAAUGGCGUCUUCAUUUUCUCCGAACUUGAGGGAUCCGUUUCUCCAAUGGGCUUCAGCAGCACAGACCGUAUCAGGGCGCGAAUGCAGUGGGCUCGCAAGGAGAGUGAGCUCUCAGGGAUUCUCACUCGACUACAAGCGUUUAAGAACACGACGCUAUUGCUCCUCAAUAUUCUUCAAUGCGACUCCGAUCGCCGGGCUGCGAGAACACAGGAUGAACUUGCAACCAAAGUCUUGAACCUGCUGCAAAACGACGAUCUCUCUCGUCGGCUUGAGAGCUUAGAAGACACAUUUGAUGCCCUGAGCAGGAUCGAACCACGAAACCCCGAGGAAGCCCAAAGGAGAGCGGUGGAUUUGUCAAAGGAGUGUUCAGAAGGUCAGUCUUUGUGCUUAUUGAGCACCAAGAAAGCAGAAUCUGUCGAUGGCGCUCCCUACGAAUCUUCCAACUCUCCGGAACCGCCAUUUACUAUGCCGAAGUUUGAGUUCCAAGCUGCACUCGACGAGUCUAUGCCGUACCGACGAGCCAAGGAAGACACCGUUGACAAUUCUGUCAAAGAAUCUGUUGCAGCUUCAAACGCGUGGUCCAUAUUUUCCGGUAUUAGCUUGUCUGAUGUGUCUAUCCUCUCUCACAUUGCUAUUCCAGUGUACCCUGCGGACAUAUUCAAUGCACAUCAUUACGAAUUCAUGGAACCAAAGGCCUCCAAAGUCUACACGACCAGACGCCCUAGCGAGGCCACAAUAGGCAAGUGGGCUAAGUCUGUGAGGCGGGUUGCACGACCACGACAGCUUCGAUUCGACGUACUCUUCGAAGUUCCCGUCAUCUUCCUCUGUCGACCCGAGAACCACAAAGGAUCAUUGGCAAAUACACCCAUAAUCUUUAUCGACGGGUCACCUGAUAGUCUUGAGGGCACCAUGUCCGACCUGCCAUCCGUAGCCAAUCCUCCCCAUCGCGAUAGAGAGGUGCUCUGA